AUGCGGCGGCUUGCUGUGAAGAGGAGAAUGGUGAAGGAGAUGGAGCCUUAUGAAAUUGGGAUAAAGAGAAGUUAUAUAGCAUAUGAUUUAAUGGCUGUGAUUGUUAGGGUUUUUAGAUGGAUGGUUGAGAUUGAAAGAAAAAGGGAUUCAUUAGAGUUCGCGGAAAAGCAGCAACAGCAGCUUCGGUUAUCCUUGCCGAAGGAUACCCAUUCAAUUCAAAAGAAAUCGCUUCCGGCCACUGAGGAGCUUAGCUCACACACGAGGAAGUGGGUCAAUGAAACUUGUUCUAUUGCGGUUUUUCCCCAAAUUGAUGGGUGCAGAUGGUUGAUAAAUUACCCAAGUACCUCUCCUAGAAAGGUUUAUGCAAGUGGACCUCGUCACUUUUAUCCCAAUUUGGAUACUCUUCCAGAAAGUAUGGAUUGGAGGUCGAAAGGAGCUAUAAUGAAAAUCAAAGAUCAAACUGACACUAAUUCUUGUACUGCUCAAACUUUAACCUCAUGUAUGGAGAGUUUGAUCUUCAUGCAAACUGGUGAAAAAGUGAUAUUAUCUGCCAAAGAGAUUGUAGACUGCUGUGAAGAGUUCGAUUUUGAAACAGAAGCUGAUUAUCCUUGGACUAAAGAAUACAGUCCAUGUCGUCUUGAUGCUUUUAAUUCGACGAAAAAAUUCUAUAUUGAUGGCUAUGCUACUGUCCCGGUGCAAAAUGAAAGCUGGAUGGAGCUUGCAAUAGCUCAACAGCCUGUUGCUGUUGAGCUAUGGUUGGUGAAAGAAGAUUACGAGAGUUACAAAGAGGACAAGAAGUGUGCAAAAGGGUAUAAAGGUUGUUUGGUGCAUUCUCUUGUUCCUUUCCUAAUAGCAAUUGGAAGAAUGGGUUCAGGAGGAUAUUCAGGAGAAUUUUCAGAAAUGGAUGGUGAAAUAGGCUUUUCAAAAGACGAAUUAGGCACAGGAAGGGAUGCUAGAAAAAAUUCCUCCUUACCUUCCAAGGGAAUUUAUUCCACAGAGUACAAGUUUGACUAUGUAUUGCAUAUGAUGGCGGCAAUUGGAUACAAUAGUCAAGCAUGGAUUUUCCUAAACUCUAGAGGUGUUGGUUAUGGUGUGGAUGGGUGUAUGUACGUGAAACGGGGAAUGGAUUUGGAGCGCUACCCUGAAGGAAUAGGCAGGGUUUCCUUAAAUGUGACCUAUCCCAUCAUGAAUGGAGUGAUUACUCCACUGACUCAAUAUCCGGAUUCUAGAGGAAAGGUUGUGUGGUAUUCUAGAUAG